UUUUUACCUAUCUGCAAUAUUUAUCGAGAUAGCAUAAAGGGGAUGAAACUUUGCGUAUGUUCUUUGUAGGAUCCACAUUUUAAUUAUCUUAAAUGGUCUUUUCGACAAGUCUUAUGUAAUGAAUGAUAAAAUAAUGGAACUAAUAGAAAUAUUGCGUCUCGUGCGUAAAUAUAAUAAUUAAUGCGCCUCAUUGUCGUCAAGGAUAAGAUAAAGAUGUGCGUAUGGAAGGUAAAAGCGCAUCAGAGAAGGAAACAAAUGAUCUUAUGUAAGUUGUCAUCUCAGCGUUAGGCGAUAGAAAUAUUUGAACUAAUAUGAUAUGAUACCUUGUUGAAACAAGGCCAAAAUAUUGAUAACGACAGUAUACAAAUAAAUAUUGACGGCGAUCAUCGAUCGAGCAAUGAAGUUUCCGCUGACAAAUGAGUCCACGACAAACCAAGAAUCCAAGGUGCGCUCUUUAUUCGUCGCGAUUUUAUGCCUUUUCAUAGCCGUCUGCAUAUUAAACGAACGACUGCAAACGAAUUAUGCAAACGACUUCGAACGCGGCGAACGCCAGCCGGGUGACCACCUAGUUAACAACAGCACCAUCUCUAAUCCUAAGAUUCCUUGGAAGGAGAUGAAAGCCACAAUCUAUGUGACAUGCCCGCCUAACGAAAUCAUCACCUACGUUAAAAUUAGCAGUCUGAAUAGCAAAAAGAUUAUCUUUCUGCCGUCCUCAGAUGGUGUCGGCAUGUCAGCCUUAACGGUGCUAGUAAUAGGAAAAAUGAAUGAGGGAUUAUAGUUAAGAGUAGAAGGUUACUACAUAGAUCUCCAAAAAUAAUUACCUGAAAGGCAACAAUGCAACGGAAGAAACAAUGCAGAAGUAGACGACGAUACGGCGAGCUACGACAUGGCAAAGUAUGACAUCAACUAUACCCGGUAAAAAUGAGCAAUAAAGAAAGAAUAAACGACACAUUCAAUGGCCACGGCAGCGCUGCUAAUAAUGACAACGAAAUCUGGCUUGACAAUAACAAUGACGGAGUAGAGGGAGAAGUGCUUCUGUAGAGAAAUUAUUAAUUUGGACUUAAGGCUGCCGUACAAACGUUUUAGUUUAAUCCUUUAACGCCUACUGGUAACUAUAGUUACCAGAAACGCAUUUAAGAAUCCAUAACUUAGUUAAAAAGGGAGAUAUUUUCGUU